AAUAACACAAACAUAUAUGUCUCCCUUCAGCCCACCAUGGCACCACAUCCCAGAGAACAGUGCUCACUCUAUGUGGGGAGAUUCUUAAUGGCACCAUAAUGGGAGUCAUGCGGAUCUACUCUUUGCAAGAGGAGGCUGGAAAAAAAACGUCUCAUCCGUCCUUUAAGAAUGUCUCUGUGGGUUGGAAAGGAGCUGUGUUUGUCGACCUAUGAAGGCGAGCCUCUCGGGCAUGACAACCAUUAGCCCUGAGAAGAGGUUACACAUCAGAUCACACCACAACGGGGCUCAAAUUCGUGCAGAAGCCUGACCUGAGCAACGCAUAACAUCACAACCAUGCAGCCAUUUGUUGCACUUUGACCUUCUGCAAUGAAAAUGGUGAGCAUUUACUUACAGUUUUACAUUUUAACACUGAAUUACAAAACUGGGCAUUCGUACCUGUUUAUUCACACGAUAUUUUAUAUUUGCAUGUGCUAACCACUGUAAUUUAAAAGAAAUGUGUAUCUUUUGUGUCUCCUUUAAAUGGUAUGAAAGGUGUUGUUUUCUAAAGGUCAUGGUUUUUUGCCUGCCAUGCUUGAAAGCUCGAGACAAAAAAAAAAGACGUGGGAGGAAGUUUUGUCCAUGCCACAAUAAAACUGACAUUUCAGUCACAGUAACACACUCCCUGUGACCUUGCAGGAAGUACCUGUUUACCUGUACUGGUUGAUUGAUUGAGAAUGGUUUUUGCCGUUGAUCUACAGUAAGGCAGAUUAAGUCAUGUACACACACGCAUCUUUUCUGAGGCGCAAUGAAGCGGAUCAGGGUCUUACUAUCAUCAGCGCCCCUAAAACAUCUGCGUCCUUUGUAAUGAUCAGCGUGACAUUAUGGUUUAUUAUGCUCCUGCUCUACCCUGGUCAACUGGGAGCACAGUUCGGGACUACCCCCAACAUUAAACACAUAGUGGUUGGAAGGUGUUACAAUUACAUCACACUAGUUAACCCCAGCUUGAGGUAUGACUGUGAAGACAUCUGGAGACAGUUUGAGGAGGCGGUGGCACGUCAGUCCUCUUGUAACGUGACGGUAGAGGAUUAUCGUCAGAUGUUUUACGCAAUGCCGCAAACCUGGCCUUGUGAUAGGUUCCUCUUCUGGAGUAAAACCAGGACACUGAUGCACAGCUAUGCAGCUGUUGUACGUCACUUCUGGACUCUGGAAGACACACUGGUUGGCUACAUGUUCAACGACCUCAUCUGGUGUGGACAAGAGGAAGACUCUGGUUUUGAUUUCAGUUCUUGUCCGGAAUGGUCAGCAUGCCGAAACCAUCCAGUGUAUUCCUUGUGGAGGCAAGCCUCACAGAAUUUUGCAGAAAUGGCAUGUGGCAACAUCACUGUAUUACUGAAUGGGUCUAUUGUCAACGCCUUCAGUAGGAAAAGCAUGUUUGGAAGUGUUGAAUUGGAUGGUCUGAACCCACGCAGGGUGGAUUAUGUCAACAUAAAGGUGGUGACCAAUCUAGAGGGACCCUUUAUAGAAUCAUGUAGUAAAGGAUCCAUUGUGGACCUGCUCCAAAUCCUCCAGUCCAGAGGUUUCCGCUGGACCUGCACAGAUAACGACCAGACUCUGAUGAUCCUUCAGUGUAUCCAGAACCCCAAACAGUCCUCCUGCCAAACAUGUGCAAACAGCCUGUUACACAGAAGGAGCCUCACGUUUAACUGAAUCGCCCACUGUUGUGGUUUAUUUUCUUUGCCUCACUACACCUUGAGUAAUAUCUAACUGACUUAAAACUUUUGGCUAUCUGACUGUAGUGACAGACCACAGUAAUUGGCACACAGAAAUUGUGACACAGACUUACAGAUCACAAAUAGAACUGAGUUUCACUCCAUGUGUAAGGUUUGUUUGCAUCAAACAGGAUACAAGCAAACUGAGUUGACACAAGAAUCAACUGACAUGAACAGAGAACUCUCUUUUAUACCGUUUACUGAUGAUGACUAAACAGUGUCAUAGCACAUCCCAUAUUUCACCCAUAGUUGACAAGGAUCUUCUUGUCCGUCCUAAUUGUAAAAAAAGUAUUUACUACAAAAUUACUACAUCCCCUUAUUGUACUGUACCUACCCGUGUUAUUUCCUAGGCCUGAUUUACAACUGCUGCGUGCUCUCCAUAGAGUUACACUGUAC